CAUCAAAAAAACCCAAGACCCAACAGUAAACCAAGCCCAACAAUCACAGUGCAUUUCCUUAGAGGAGGUCUAGAUCGAUUCACAUCAAUAAACCCAGACCAACUCUGAAUUUCCCAAAGCUAAAUAAAAGUGUUUUUUUUUUUUUUUAAUGAAAUAAAAAGGGUUUUCCUAAAACCCUCGCUUUGUCUUCCUGACCAGUCACCACCGUCCUCCAAAAAUUUUCCAAGAAAAUCAAAACCUUUGGAAUGAAAAAAAACCCCAUUUUCCCAUUAACAAUGAGCCUUAAACCCUUCCCUCUGAGAACCCUUCUUUCCUUUUCCUCUUCUGCACCCUUAUAUUCACUCUCAAUCUUCGUUUCCCAUUUCUCCACUUUCCAGGCGCAGCCUGCCCAUUCUCAUCCUUUGUGGCGGCGCCACGAGGAGGAGUCACGACACGUUAAGGUUUCGGUUUGGUGGGAUUUUGAGAACUGCAAUCUGCCUGCAGGUGUCAAUGUGUUUAAGAUUGCUCAUAUGAUCACUGCCGCUCUCAGGGCUAAUGGAAUUAAGGGUCCUGUUCAGAUUACGGCUUUCGGAGACAUUUUACAACUCUCAAGAACUAAUCAGGAGGCACUUUCUUCUACUGGGGUUAACCUUUCUCAUGUUCCCAAUGGUCGAAAGAACAGUGCUGAUAGAUCACUUCUGGUUGACCUUAUGUAUUGGAUUUCCCAAAAUCCUCCUCCAGCACAUCUUUUUUUAAUCUCUGGUGACAGGGACUUCGCUAGUGUUUUGCAUAAAUUACGGAUGAACAACUAUAACAUAUUGCUUGCUAGUCCAGAUUCUGCUCCUAGUGUUCUUUGCAGUGCUGCCAGUAUCAUGUGGAAUUGGAAUGCACUGCUCAAAGAGGAGAACCUGACUGGAAAGCACUAUAAUCAACCUCCUGAUGGUCCAUAUGGUUCUUGGUAUGGCCAUUACAAGGUGCCUCUGGAAGACCCAUUUUUAGUUGAACAACCAGCAUGUCCACGGACUAAAGAAGUAUGUGAGGGUUCUGAUUCUAAGCCUUGGCCAGUUCCAGAGACAGUUACAAAGCAGAUUCGUCAGAUUUUGAACUCUUACCCGAAGGGAAUUUCCAUUUCAGACCUUCGUUUUGAGUUGACCAGAAGUAAGGUUGGCCUUGAUAAAGACUUUUAUGGGUAUAAAAAGUUCUCCCGCUUUCUUUUAUCCAUGCCACACAUUUUGAGGCUUCGGUUUGAGCGUGAUGGUCAGUUUUUUAUACGUGGAAUUGCCCCAAAAGCUUGUGAACUAUCUGAGACUAGUCCAUGUUUAUCUGCAGGACCUGUCUGUAGAAAUGGAGAUGGGCUCACUUUUUCUUCUAGAUCAAGUGGGGAUGACAGGUCAGUUGGUGGUGCUCUAAAUGUUAAGUCCAGGUUGCAUGAUUUCCCUGAAGUUAAUGCUGGAGUUGCUUCAAGAAAGGUACAACAAACCCCUGCAGAAACUGAUAAUCUUGUUAAAGUAAAUGCAGAAAAGCCUCCAGAGGAAGUCCAACAGGCCCUUCCAGUUGGCCAGAAGAUCGCUGAAGCAUCCGAUGAUCAGGUAACUGAGAGUCAUCGGGCUCCUAUGCUGGAAAAAGAUUCUGCAUCUGAUGUAAGUUUCUUUAGGAAAGUUUGGAAAAGAUGGCUUGGUGGUAGCAAUGGCAAUUCUAACGUAAAAAAUCAUGACCUUCCUGAAAAACAUGGUGAUUCUGAAGGUAGCUCUGUGAAACAAAAUAACAAAACCCAGAAAAAAUGCGCUGGGGUUAGCUCUGAGAGGGAAGGAAUGAAUGAAGAGUCUGAGGAAAAGUCAUGUGAGGUUGCUUAUCCAGUGACUGUUUCUUCAUCAAGUAAUGGCUCAACUGUUGACAGUAAAGCAAGUGCUGAAGCAGGUGAAAACCACUCUGGAAAGAAGUCAGGUUUAUUUAAUCGGAUUGCCAACUGGUGUAAAUUUUGGAGAAGUAGCCAAGACACUAGGGCAUCAAGUGACCAAUCCUGCGAAAAGAACAACCAAAUAAACACUAAUUCUUUAAAGCAUGAGGUUUUUACUCAGGGUUCCUUCUGGAAAGACAUGGAAAUCAUAAUGGACUCACCUAGGGGAUCAUUGCUCGUCACACAGUCUAGGACCAGGGAAGAGAUGGCAGAAAAUCUGCUGAAGGAAGGACCGUUGGCGCUUAGAUCUCUCAGUAACACCAAUCUUCUUCAAUUGGUUGAUUUGUUAAUAUCCGAUAAGAAAUGGAUUGAAGAAUGCCCCUCCCAAACGCCUCGUUUCGGGAUCAUUAGGGCUGCUGAGAAGAGUCCAGAUUUGGGUCGCUCACAUGCUGCAAAUGGGUUGAGAUCAAUCUUUAUGCAUGCUUCAUCACAGGCAAACUUGCAGCCAAAAGAGGAAGGAGAGAAAAAUUUGCAGAAUAUGCUUCAUUCUGAAGUUUCAUCUACCAUCAUCAAUCAGAAAUCAUCGGAUCAUUCUAGAUAUGAGAUAUUGGCCGACUGUAAAAAACUUGUGAAAGUGAUACUAAAGGAACACCCUGAAGGAUAUAAUAUGGCCAAUUUCAGGAAACUUUUCCUUGAGAGGUAUGGUUAUCCUCUUGAUAUACAAAGGCUUGGUUACAAAAGGUUGGCAUCCCUGCUAGAGAUAAUGCCUGGGAUUAAAAUAGAGUCUUCCUACAUAAUUCCUGCAAGUAUGGUUCCAGACAAUUCUGGCCUGGAAACUGCUUUUCCUAACAUUCGAGAAAAUACCAGUCAUGCAUUAGGGAACACAGCUUGUGAAUUGCCUGACGCAUCAACAAAGGAUGAUGAUUUUGACUCUGCAUGGGAUGAACUAGGACCUGUUUCCAACACAAGUUCAAACAGAAAGGAAGUGCAAUCAGUAUUAGGGAGCAAAAGAACAGAGGAAACAAAAAUGACAUAUCCUGACUAUGAACCUUCUCUCUCAGAUGAUGAAAUUUCAGAUUCCGAAGGGGAAAUCUCAACUUUAGUGCAAUCAGGACACCAACAGAAGCUAGGAAUAGAUGAGGAAGACAGCUCAUUGUUGCAAAUCCUUGAUUCAUGGUACAGUAGCAAGGAAGGUGACGAUGGAAAGGAUACUUCAGAGAAGUCAGAGGGCUUGGUUGAUUGUUCUGAAUACCAUGCGAAGCCAUCUGAUGCUGCUGGAGUAGGCAUGAAGACAAAAACUUCUUUGGAGGACCAUGGAAAGAGGAAAAGGUCACAAAAGAACUAUUCUUUUGUUGCAGACUCAGCGGGGAGUGACAGGGAUAAGUUCAUUAAUGGAAUAUUAGGUAGCUUGAGUAAAUCAAGUGAGUCAAAAACGGAGGCGUGAAUGGUCUCACGAUAUUAAAGAAGGGAAAAUGAUUCAUUCUGCAUUUUUUGCAUGCGUUUGGGUAAUUCUUAUAUUUACUUCUCACUUAUAUUAAUUUAGGUACAACAUUCAAGCUAUGCUGGAGAAAUUUUUGGACCUUCAAAGUGGUUGAAAGUUACAUAAUAGUUUAUGCAAUUAUUAUAUCUAUCAGUGCCAAGAGUAAGUUUUGCUGAUUCAGAUCCGGGAUUGUGCUAGAUUUCCUUCCUCUCCUAUAGUCCUUGUUAAUAAAUGCAAUUCCCGUAGCAUGUUGUUAUGCAAUUUGCUUUCUCUUGUAGCAAGAUAAUUUUCUAGAGAGCCAAAUAAACUUCAGGAAAUAUCAUCAAUGUUUUAACAUUUAUUA